AUGGCUUUAAGCGACGAAGAUGUUCAGAAACAGAUCCAACAUAUGAUGGCUUUCAUCGACCAGGAAGCCAAGGAAAAGGCAGAGGAAAUUGAUGCAAAGGCAGAGGAAGAGUUUCAAAUCGAGAAAGGUCGUCUUGUUCAGCAACAGAGAAUCAAGAUCUCAGAAUUUUACACCCGUAAGGAGAAAAAUCUUGAUCUUCAAAAAAAAAUUCUCCAGUCAAACAUGCUCAACCAAGCCAGGCUCAAAGUCCUGAAAUGCAGAGAAGACCAUGUGCAGGCAGCUCUGGAUGAAGCCCAGGAAAGGCUUACAGAACUCACCAAGAACAAGGCCAAGUAUAGGCAGGUUCUGCAAGGCUUGAUCACACAAGGUCUCUUUCAGCUCCUGGAACCCAACGUCGUCGUCCGAUGCAAAGAAUGUGAUGUCAGCGCGUGUAAGGUAAGUGACUUCCAAGGAAAAAUGACAUGGGGGCUCGGGGUGAUCGAGCCAACGUUUGUUCUUGCAGCGCAGAGCGAGGAGUACGAUGAAUUGGGUAGGCAGUCAGAGCGCCACGCGUAUGCUAAUGAGCACGAUCGCUGA